AUGGCCGCAAUCGCAUCGCAAGUCGUGCUACACCCCGUUGUCUCCCAGAGCUUGAAGAUGGGGCACACAACGGUUGGCCGGGACAAGACGUACCGUGCCAUCCAAUACUUCGCGAGAUUCUACGCCUGGUACUUAUUAUCCCGGGGGAACAAAGAUGAAGCCGCCCGAUGGUCUUCACUCAAAUCCCACCUCGGCACAGCCAGGAAAUUGAUGCGUCUCGGAAAACCGAUGGAACACCUCCAGUCCGCUGCAAAGGCCGCGCUGGCACCGGGCACGCCGGUAGAGCAGAUCACCACUAUCGGUCGCCAACUUGGCUAUUUUGGUUACCUUACAUUUGAUAGUUUCGUUUGGGCGCACUCCAUCAAAUUUUUGAAACUCAAGCCCGAGACAGCAGCGAAAAACGCCCGCCUCGUUGGGCAGAUCAAAGCAUUGAAGUCCACGAAACCAUGGGGGGAGAAAGAUCUUGGGGAGGAAGCUGAGCGAGAAGCCAAACUUAGCGCUCUUUAUAACUCUCGGGAUGCCCUGCGUCAUCAACUCUAUAUCGAUAUGCUUGACAUCUGGCUCCCCGUUUCUAACUUGAAAUAUGUAAAUCUGAACGAUGGCGUUCUUGGUAUUCUUGGUGUUAUCUCGUCGGUCCUCGGAUGGCAGAAGCAAUGGGCUUCGGUUAAUGGAAGGAAGUAG